AUGGAGGAAAUGUUCCUAUUGAUAGAGAGACAAAAUGCCGUCAUUGAGAGACAAUCUAUAGAAAUAAAAAAUCUAAAAAGCAAAGUCCAUUUCCUUGAGAGUAAAUCUGGAUUGGGUAUUGUGGAGGACCGAACGGGCGAAGUUAAUAACAACAAGAUCAAUAAAACAGAGGGGAAUGUCGGAAAUGUGGAUGUUAAGAGACCAAUGCAUGACGCCGAAACCAAAAGGAACCAAAUACGAAGAUUCCUUUCACCAAGUUCGGCUGAAGGUCAUGUAGCCUUCUAUGCUUAUAUUUCAAAAGACUUCGGUGGAGUUGGUGUUGAUCACGUUUUUCUCUAUGAUACUGUGGUUACGAAUUACGGAAAUGCGUACAACAAACACACCGGAGCUUUCAUGGCGCCCACCACGGGAGUGUAUGCAUUUUCUUACACCAUCUAUGCUGCCGGUGAACAUGUUGCUGGAGAGACGGGCGCCUACGGUGAAGUGUCUGUCAAGCUGGUUCAUAAUGGUGCGUACAAAGGCUCUAUUUAUGUUGACACUGAGACGCAAUAUGAAGAAGAAAUGUCAACGGGAUUUGCCAUCCUCAUGUUGCAAGCUGGAGACGUAGUAUUGACGAAGACAACAUAUAGAGGUCAAGGCUCCUUUCACAGUAACGAGUCCGGAAGAUGGUCUUUUGCUGGGUUUCAGAUAGCUUAAACAAUGUAUUACAGUAUAAAUAUUAUUAAACUUUCAUGA